GCUGGGAGCGGGCGCCAUGGCGGUGAACUACAGCGCCAAGGAGGAGGCCGACGGGCACCCGUCGGGCGGCGUGGGGCUGUCGGGCGGCGGCGCCGCGGGCGGCGGSGGCGGCGCGGUGAAGACGCGCAAGCCGGACAACACGGCGUUCAAGCAGCAGCGGCUGCCGGCCUGGCAGCCCAUCCUGACGGCGGGCACGGUGCUGCCCGCCUUCUUCAUCAUCGGCCUCAUCUUCAUCCCCAUCGGCAUCGGCAUCUUCGUCACCUCCAACAACAUCCGCGAGUACGAGAUUGAUUAUACAGGAACAGAGCCUUCUAGUCCUUGCAACAAAUGUUUAAAUGUGUCCUGGGACAGCACACCACCUUGUACUUGCACCAUUGACUUCACGCUGGAGCAUUCAUUUGAGAGCAAUGURUUCAUGUAUUAUGGACUUUCCAACUUCUAUCAAAACCAUCGUCGUUAUGUGAAAUCUCGAGAUGACAGUCAGCUAAAUGGAGAUAACAGUUCAUUACUCAAUCCCAGUAAGGAAUGCGAGCCUUACCGCACCAAUGAGGACAAGCCUAUUGCUCCUUGUGGAGCUAUUGCCAACAGUAUGUUUAAUGAUACAUUGGAAUUAUACCGCCUUGAUAACGAUACAAGGAUUCCUAUUCCUUUGAUUAAAAAGGGCAUCGCAUGGUGGACAGAUAAAAAUGUAAAGUUCAGGAAUCCUUCAGGAGAUACCAACAACUUAACCGCGCUUUUCCAAGGCACAACCAAGCCUGUAAACUGGCCCAAGCCAGUGUACAUGCUGGACUCRGAGCCCGACAACAAUGGCUUCAUCAACGAGGACUUCAUCGUGUGGAUGCGAACGGCGGCGCUGCCUACGUUCCGCAAGCUCUAUCGCCUCAUCGAGAGGAAGAAUAACUUCCAGCCGACCCUGCAGGCUGGAAAGUACUCCCUGGAUAUCACAUACAAUUAUCCUGUGCACAGCUUUGAUGGAAGAAAAAGAAUGAUCCUAAGCACCAUCUCAUGGAUGGGAGGCAAAAAUCCCUUUUUGGGAAUUGCUUACAUCACUGUGGGGUCCAUAUGCUUCUUCUUAGGAGUCGUAUUGCUGAUCAUCCAUCACAAAUAUGGAAAUCGAAACACUAGUGCAGACAUUCCCAAUUAAUCCUGCAUUCUGAAAACCAGUGUACUGCAUGUGCAUCAAGGCCAGCCCAGAAUGGACCCAGUUUUUGAAAGCUAAAUCUCUGCUUAUGUCACUUGUGAGGCUGGGUGCAUAUAUAUGUUUUUUUUUUUAAUCUUUCCCUUCACUGUGGAUUAACUCCUGAGAAUGACGGGUAUCCAAUUAUCUGUAUUGAUUGUAUCUCUGCUGCUGUCAGAAAUGGUUUUCUGAUAUCUGCCCCUAUCUGGGCAGGCCACAUGAUGCAUAGAGCUUCUGUCCCCUUGGUGCAUCUGCUGCUUGUUCCUGUGCUGUGUAAUGUCAGUAUGAUUCCGUACAUACCGACUGCGUGGAGAAAGACUGUUGUGACAUACUGUGUAAAUUUGCAAGGAUCUUCAGAAUUCAUAUGUCAGUGCUGUUGAAAGCAAAAGUCAAGUCUUUAAUGUUUUUUUUUUUUCAGGUUACUGUGUUUUGUGCAUGGGCUCUUACAUUUCUUGCUGCGAUGUUAAUAUAUUUAUAUAAGUUGUUAAAUAUUUUUCCUAUGUCCUACCCAAUUCUGUUAUGUUAAAUUCUCAAAGUGCAGUGCUGAUUACAGCACUUGGGGUUCUUUUUAUAUUUACAACAAAUGUGCCUGGCCAGUAAACUAGCAUCUUGCAAAGAUACCAGGAGAUCUAUUUGUCAAUUAUCUGCAUGAAUCCAUUCUAAAGUGUGAUCUAAACUGGGAAGCGCUUGCUGCAGGUAGAACCUGCUUUGCUUUAAUUCAUUAUUAAUACUAGUUUACCUAUUGUGCUUGCUGCUUUUGCUUUUUAUGAGCAGCUCCAAGCAUUAAUCAAGAAAACAUUAAAAUAUAUAUUUUUUCCCAUUCAUAAAUCCGGUUUGGAUAGUUCUUCUACUGAAGGAAUUUCUGUAUUUUCUUGAGGCAUACAUAUUCCUAGCAGGCUUUGUUGUAAAGGAAAGGUCAUACUCCAUUUCCUUGUUUGGAGUAAACAACACAUUAAAUUUCUGCUGUGUUGAAAUCCUGAAUUACAGAAAUGAAAAAUUGAGAUGACAGUAGCCUCUGUUUCAAUACAGCUUGAGCUUGCUGUGAAACUGAAUUUAAAUGUUGCAGUUAGAAGCAAAGUGCAGGUUAGCAUCUUAAAUGACAUUACUGAAGGGUUUACUUUUGGGGUCAAUUCAACAUUAACUGUAACCUGUAAACUAUUGCUUUUUGGUUGACU